AUGCCCACGACGGUCGGCAAAGGCAUACCGGCCACGUCGUCCUCCGCCGUUGACACAAGCGCCCCCCCGGCGAACCUACCUCAACGCUCUGCCAGCGAGUCACGGAAGAGACGUCGCGCCUCAGCUGACGUCGACGGAGAGAACGUGACAACCGGUACAGUUCUUCGCACCCAAGACGUGUCUGCGGCGACCAGCCCUCCGCGGCAGGUCGAAUAUGUCGUCGACAUUGGAGAAGUCCUUGGCUUCCCGCGUCUCGACUGGUCCCCCGCUCCCGACGACAAUCAGGUCGAUCCACCCGCUACCACCACGUCAGACCUCGAGGAGCGGGAUUUCGAGAUGUUCGAUCCUGUCACGGGGCAGGAAGAUAGAGCUGAAGUGCCCUACGAAGACCGUGAAGGCGCCGCUCGCACCCGGCGGCUCUCGAUAACAUGCGCUUCACCCGACACCCGGUGGCGAAUGAUCCCAUGCUCGGAUACGGGUACCCGCAGUCCAGCGAAGGCCUACGGGAGGGCAACAUUGAAGGCAACGCCCCUGAUGCCGACCAAAGUUUCAGCUACGCGCGCGCAGACUCCGGCGAACGACAUACACCGAGGCCCCCGCAGGCCGCGCUCACCCUCGCUGCUGCACCCUUACCCAGUCCACUAUGCCCCGGGACCCUUUCCCAACUUCCCUGUUGACCUCGCGCCACCGGCACCGAUCGCCCAGGACGCACCCGCCGGGCCAGCCGGUCCCAUCGCGCCGUUGGCACCUGCUCCAGGCGCUCCUCCGCCGCUGACCACGACACGUGCGCCCGAGAACGGAUGGCCGCGAAUACAGGGAGUCGGUUUUGACCUCGUCUACGCGAACGUUCUUGCAUCCCAGGCUGACGAAUGGCGGAGAGCUCGGGACUACCACGUCUACAUCCACUUUCCCGGCCGUGGCGCACACGAUAGAGCCUAUCGCCGCUGUCCCCCUACGAGCCCGAACUCAAACCCCAUCUACUACCGCGUCGGGAAUCUGACCGUCGGUCAGCGCGACCGCCUUCUGCGCGAAGGCUGGGUCUCGUCUAGAGACGGUACUUUCGGUGUCGUCUCCUCCGAGCCAUCCCCGCCGACAUUCAUGGGAACGUUCCGACACCCCCUACGACUUGGAGAAACGUCGGAGGAAGGCAUGGCAAACGCUUUCAAGAAGGGUAUGCGGAGCGAAGAGAUGCGUCAAUACCUCCUCACGACCCUGAACAGCGACAUCUUUGCGGGCGGACGGUGGCGACGCCUUACGGCGCAGGACGCGUACGAGCUAAUCAUCAGCUCUAUCACGGUCAAGAAGAUCCUGCUGCGCAACACUCGUGACGAAGAGGAGGAACCAUUUGCUUUCCUCUACAUGGAGUCUCCUACGUCUGACCCUAUCGAAUGGCUGAACUUCCGAAACCGAGUUCGUACGUUCACUUUCGGCGGCCUACUCGCAGGCCCCCCUGAGCUGGUCACGCGCUCUUUCUACUGUAUGUAUUGUCACUCCGUUGACCACCCCACUCACGCCUGCACCAUCCCGUCUACUCCCGGCUGGCACGGACCGUCUCUCGAUGACGUCCGCGAAAUGCUCGCAGCCGACAGACGCGCGCAGGGCCAGGACCAACGCGGCGGAGGCAGAGGUGGUAGAGGCGGCCGUGGCAGUCGAGGAGGCCGUGGACGCGGUAACGGACGGGGAAACCGCGGUGUCGCUGCAAACGAACAGCAGAGAACGGGGCACGCCUAG